ACAUGCGCUGACCUUGAUGAACGGAAAUAGUAAUUACAUAUUAGAAAAUCUUCUAUAAAAAUUGGUGAGCCCACUGGAAAACUACAGUACGCCUAUUAACCACCAGAAAGAUGGACCGCGCAUUGUUCAUGUUUGGAUUAGUUGCAGUUAGUACAAUUUCCUACUGUUCUUCAGCUGAAAUCCCGGAGUUCCUGAAGGUCUGUAAAAGAGAUGAACCCAAUUUGACGGAAUGCAUUAAACAUGCGCUGGAAGAGAUACGGCCGUACUUGAAAAAAGGUGUACCUGAGCAUAAUAUUCCGAGCGUCGAGCCAAUCAUCAUUAAAGAUUUAAUUAGCGAACAGUCUGGAGGUCUGAAGAUUACUACAAGCGAUGUGGUAGCUUACGGAGGAGGAGAUUAUAUAGUUAACGACCUAAAAGUGGAUAUGGAAAACCAUAGGUUUGAAAUAGACGUUCUCCUUCCAAAAUUGAUCGUCGAUGCGAAAUACACAUUGGACGGUAAAUUGGUUUUGGUACCGAUCAAAGGAAACGGAGAUUUUCAUGCUAAUUUAACUGAUUGCGAAGCAAAACUUAUACUGAACAGUGAGCAUUAUGAAAAGGAUGGAAACCGUUACGUAAGAUUUCUCGUGACUGAUGGAAUGCUGAAAAUUAACGUCGGCGGAGGAAAAGUCAAAUUGGAUAACUUGUUUUCAGGAGAUAACGUAUUAAAUGACGUUAUCAAUGAUAUAAUCAACAAAAACCUGUCAGUUUUUGUCAAAGAGAUACUUCCUUUCAUAGAGAAAGCUUUAGCCAAAAAUUUAAUCACCACCGGAAAUCAAAUUAUCGAACCGUACACGAUCGAGCAACUUUUCCCUAAAUAAAUUAUGAAAUAAUUGCGAU